AUGCCGGCGACUGGCGAGGGGAAGCGGGCAAAGGUGCCACCGCUCAAAGAUUGCAAUCCGGGAUUGGCUCAUCGAUGGCCGAGUCGAGAUCUGAUUGGAGGAGACGAGUCGCGCGAGCUCGUGACGACGGGACAGGGGGAAAGCGAGGCGAGAGGUCUGCGUCAUCUAUUGCAAACGGUGCACUUUUAG